AUUGCAUGAUCUCGAGUCUGCCAGGUAGGUCAGACAGUAACCCCCUCCCCAAAAACCCCCACUUAACCUCACCAGCGGCAGAUUCUCAGCCCCCACUCUGCCACUUCUCACUCCCACAUUUUGCAAGUUGUGAACAGAUGCAGAGAUUAUCUUACCCAAGCAGCGGGCGAGUCUAGACUCCCUAUACAGCAUGUGAUAGCGAGGGGUGGUCUACUUCGCCCCGAUACCUACUUAGGUAGGCAUGAUGUGGACAGCUAUCUAAUGCUGGGGCAGGUCGGUGUAAGCGUUCGCGCUGCCUGCCUGCCUGCCUGCCUGGCUUCGGAAAGCACCCGGGCCAGUGAAUCGCAUGAUGUACUGCUCCCAGUCCCUAGUCUCGUCGUUGAUUACCUACCAUCUGCUUUCCGGAUCAGUAAAUACCGAACCGACCAUCAUUCUCUUGGAAUUGAUCUAUUGGCAAUAGUUAAAUCACCUUUGUUAUGGGAACAGCGGUAAUCCAUACUCAAUUGAUCGCCAACCGGCCGUAUGAACAUCCUUGGUUAGUUAUUUUUAACGAGUCGUUAAGCCUCCUCCUUUCCUACAUGCUUAGCUGUGUCGUCUUCUUGGAGCCAACAAAAUGAGCUUAAUUGCUGGCCGCAAAAGACGCAUGGGGGAUGAAGAUGCCGAGCAGCAGUCGAAGCGAAUGAAACUCACCUAUGGUGACUAUACUAUUGGCUGGGUCGCAGCGUUGCCUGAGGAGUAUGCUGCCGCCGAGGCUAUGCUGGAUGAGAUUCAUGAGGAUAUUCCCCGAUCGCGGGGUGACCCCAAUACCUACACCUUUGGCAGGAUUGGAGGGCAUAACGUUGUUAUCGCAGGUCUGCCAAGUGAUGGAUACGGUACGGUGAAUGCUGCUACUGUGGCGAACAACAUGCACAGAACUUUUCCUUCCGUUGAAGAUUUCCUCGUCGUUGGAAUUGCUGGUGGCACCGGCCUUACUAAGAACGCUGAUGUGCGCCUGGGCGAUAUCGUGGUCGGCGAUCAGGUGAUCCAGUAUGAUUUAAGGAAAGAGCUUCACGAUCAGAAGUUCCAAACAAAGGCAUUUCCACUACGUCCUUCGGAGAGGCUUCGGACCGCCCUUACUAAAUUAAAAUCGACGCAUUUGAAGGAUGGAUCUAAAGUGCCGACUCUCAUUUGUGAAAUGGUCGCAGAAAAUCCCAAGAUGAAGAGCUUCGCAAACAGACGAUCACUCAAAGAUUUCCUGUUCCAUGAUACAUACAACCAUCCCGAACUAAACAACACCUGUGAUAAUUGCGACCGAUCAAAGCUUGUCAAGCGAAAACGGCGGGAAACCAACGAUCCGAAGAUCUAUUACGGUGUUAUAGCGUCUGGAAACUCACUCAUCAAAUCUCCAGAGAAGAGACGCGAAUUAGUAGAACAGUUUCAGGCACUCUGCAUUGAGAUGGAGGGCGCAGGAAUCAUAGAAAGUCAUCGAAGCUUGGUCAUCCGCUCUAUUUGCGACUACGCCGAUAGCCAUAAGAACAAAUCAUGGCAGCCUUACGCUGCGGCGGCCGCCGCCGCCUUCGCGAAGGAGCUCAUUCUCGCGAUGCCUAUCUCAGAAGACCAAGCAUCCAAAAUGGGUACGUGUAUCGCUGGAGGGUCAGAUUAUUCUCAGCUUAUGAAUAGUUCUUAGCUAGGAAGAGGAUGUCGUCAGAGGACCUGGAUGCCAUAAUGCAUUCAUUAUCCUUUGAAAGCAUUGUUUCCCGAGAAUUAAAUAUAAAGCCACCACAUGCUAACACCUGUGAAUGGAUUCUACACCACCAAGAUUAUGAAACAUGGCUGGAUCCUAGUGAGCAUCCUCGACACCAUCUACAGCACGCUGGAUACUUGAAUUGCCAUUUUUGGAAGGAUCUCAGCUCUAAAGACAUAUUGCGGGAGUGUGUCUCGGGAGCUGUUUUAGAAGGUGAAGUCAAGUCUGAAUUAACCUUAUCAUAGUAACCAUAUUACGGCUUAAUAUAAUAGAUCCCAGCUAUUACUACUUUUAUAGCUAAUAUUAGUCGAUUUUUUAAAUUAGCUACGAUAGCUUAGAUACUUUUUAUUGAAGCUUUAAGUAUUAUAUUUCCUACUAUUUCCGUAGGCGUAAAGGUAUAACGGCAUUUUAGCUAUUCUUUCUACCCUAUUUAACAUUAUUAUUAAACCUACGCUUCCUUUUUAGUUAUAAUAAUAUAGGUAUAAUAAAUAUAAUAAUAAAG